AUGGCACCUAUAGGGGAGUCUUCCUAUUUUCCCCCACUCGACAAAGUAUUCUCUGGGGAACAGCCAAUAAUAUCAUGGAAAACCGCUUUCACUACCCUGAGAGAUAUUGAUCGUGCUGGGAAUAGCUCUAGGCUCAGGGCAUUUUUCAAAGAUCCGGUAACGAUCGACCUUCUAAGCCGCCCAAAUGGCCCCUUCGAGAAGCCGACAGCGCAAACAAAAUCAAGUUUUGAGACAAGGACAGCUGCUAUCAACGUCGCACCUAACGCUCAGGGCUCGUACAAUAUCAAUCAGAUCAAAGAUGAUGCCCUAUGGUUGAGCAAAGAGUCCCGGAUUGACGAAAUCUCUGCCCUUCGAAUUGCCAUCCUGGAAUGGCAAACGCGACCAGCAGUCCAUCUGCUUACGGGGUUCUCGGAGGAGGAGGCCGCAAGUGUGCAAGAGGCCGCUGGGGGCACAACGCUUGGCUCAUCAGUGUUUCGUCCAAAUGCAUCUGUCAUACCUUCGAAAUCAGGCGUCCAAGCAGUCGACGCAGCGGAUUUUGGGUCAGAUGAGAAUCGGCAACUAAGGUUACUGAAAGGAUAUUUGUCAGAGCGAAGAUACGUGCUCAAGGUCAGCACAUUGGUUCUAUAUGCAGCGACGCCAGCAGGUUCUACCGCAACUCAAAGUCAUCGAUCACAUCAAGAGCUGCCUUUCUGGGUUCCUGAAGCAGGUAAUGCUGUUCUCAAGGCGUGUGGCAUCGACACGGAAUAUGUGGUGGAGGGGAAAAGCAGUAUCCUUAGGUGCAUUGAAUGUCUCCAAGAGAGGGUAGAAGUGCUGGAAAUGGGUAGUCAGUGGUAUAAGGAGGAAGGCGGCCGACCGGAAAUGGAGGACAGCUGGGGCCGGAAUCAGAUCCUGGAGAUGAUUCACAUUCUGGAGCUGAUUUUUGUGCUCCUUGACUCCUCCCCGCACCUCACCUCGUCAGAAGUGCUCCUUGCGUGGUUCACGUUUAUGGCAAAGUACGGUUUCUUUGACCGGCUUGAGCCUCCUUUUCCUGAACAGAGGAACUUGCUUCCCCCGUUCCAAUCGAUGCUAUCCAUCGUCUCUCUUGCCAUUUUGAAGACGCCGCUAGCAUGUGCCAAGCUUGUCGACUCCGCUGACCGGCCAAGAAACGAGGUCCUCUCGCGACCAACCGACCCAUAUCUUGAUGAUAAAACGACAAUGAGCCAGGUGACUGAGAUUCUCGUCGAGGCUGCGGGCGCGUGUGUCGAAAUUGCCAGCCCUGCCGGUUUUGCUUGGGGUGUCAUCUUUCAAACUCUUCGCGUCAUUGCAAAUUCUCGAAGAGAACGAUGGGAACUUCGUCAGUCUCAAAAAGCAGCGGACUCUUUUGUAGCUUCAGAAUCCUCGGAGACGGAAGGCGGAGAGCCAUCUGCUACGGAGAGCGGGGGUCGUUCUUACCAGUUGCGGCGGCCAUCCACGGCUAGUGACGCCUCGCUAGCUGUUAGUUUUUAUGAGGAGAUAUUGGAAGCAGUCAUGGACGUUCCCCUAGAUGGUGACCCAAUUUCCUUCCUCGCGAGGAGCGCUGUCAAUGUCAAUCAUGUCUUCGAUGUUGUGUUGCGCUUGGCAACUCAGUUCUGCACACCAUUUGGCUCGGAAGACGGGGCCGGGGUGAGAAUGCGCGCUUCAUUAUUAGACUUGAUCAGGACAAGCUUGGACUUUGUCGACUAUCUUCCAGAAGUCAUAGAGUCUGUGCUGGCUUGUUUGGACGGUGGCGAACGCUAUUGGGACUUUGUCGGCAGUGGAUUUGCCCCUGGCAGGGUAGACCCCCUCGCAAUCUUUGCGAAAGACGAGGUCCUUGUCGAAAAGCUUUUUAUCAUGGCAAAAUCGAGAUUCCCCUAUGAGGCUCUACCAUUUCUCAAACUAUGCAAAGCUUUGGCAGCAUAUCGAGCUACUGACAUUGAAGGAAAUCUUGUUGUCACCCAAUUUCUCAGCGAGAUGGGUACUUUUACACAAGUUCUACCACCGGCUUUCAGAGGAUACCAGACGUCGCGGGAAGAUGAGAAUGCCAAUUUGAUUACAGCUGUGGAGGACCUUGAUCUGCUGUCGUCGAAACAGCAGAAUGGAAAACCUUCCUCAACAGCUCCCGGUGAUAAUACUGCUCUCGUGCUCGCUGAGGACACUGCAGGAAAGGCCGGUUUCACGAUCUUGCCAAAUACGGAGGGUAGGGUUAUUGCAGAAUCGAAGCCGCUUGUUAUAAUGUGGACACAUCGAUAUUCCGCCUUAACAUAUCUUGGUAUCUUGCUUGAGAAAGCUUCCCAUCGAUCUCACGAUGAAAUUGGCUCUCGAGAUGCGUCCGCUCAAGAUAUUAUCACUGAAACAGUAGGCUUGCUUACGAAAUUGAUAACUUCUACUGCGAAGGUAGAGCGGGAUGGCAAAGCAGGCCCGACUGAUGGCGCUGCAGCCAAACGAAUCUUAGAAGAAGCAAGUGAUGGCCUAGAUCGCAAUCACGAUAUAAUAUCGGUCAUCUUCGACAUUUUUGAGGCAGAGCUUCAGUGGCAACAGCGGCGGUCUGGGGCGGAAAGCUCGUUAGCCCUCGUCAUUAAUUGCGCACAUUUCAUAUAUGCUUUGACUUCUAUCCUUCCAAGCAGAGUUUGGCCAUUCCUUGCUCGAAGUAGGUUGCUUGAGCUCGACGGCAGAGGUGGGCAGCUCGCCGCCCUUGUUGCAUCAACUGAAAUGGUCACUGGUCGGUAUGAGUUUUUGAUUUCUUGCAUCCGGAUCUUUGAUGCGUUGGUGGAAGAUGCCGUCAUCAACUCUGUUGCGCGGAAGGAGACGACCGAAUCUCUCACAAGAUUCGCAGCGUCGAAUGGUUCAGGCAAUGUUCCUGACCGCAUUCUUAAGCGAGUUCUUUUGGGAUUCCAGAAAAUCAUAAUCGACGUUUUGGAAAGUUCCCCUAACUGGAAAUUCGUCAAUAUGACCGAAAAACUGGAAAUCAAUGAUAUGAUUAUAUCUACGUUCCGAAAGAUUCUUUCUUAUUCUCACGGCAUAGAUGACUCGGCAGACGCAGACGCGAAGAUAACGGCGGUGUUGGCCUCACCUGCGGCAAACCUCCUCGAUAUUUUUCUUUCUGCCUCUCCGAACGACCUUCCUAUUUCUCCCAUUCUCCGCAUCUUUUAUGAUGGUGUCAGCACGCCCAAUUCCACACUCUUCCUUGUGCUUUUGCGACGCUGGACAUUGCAGGUCCGGUCAGCCCUCCAUUUCUGCGUUACUCUUGUCCGGGUAGGCCAAUUACUUCAGCUCCCAUUUUCGUACCUCGAGAAGCAGCUUUUCAAAGCUGCACCACUUCUAGUGCGCCUGUACGCGGCAGACGAAAGCUACAGGCUUCCUGUUGUUCUUUUGUUUGAAGCAAUUGUCACCAGGGCGGCUUUCCAUUUCAAAGAACCCCCUUCAUUGUUAGGGCAUCUGGGCCCGGAGCGCGCCAAGACAUUCCUAUCCGUGCUAUCAGCUCUUGAUAGACCGCUAGACGAUAUUGAGCUGGAGAUUGCCAUCUGGAAUCUACUCUCGGCUGUCGUGAGCAAUAGGCAACAAUGGUUUGCGAUAUACCUGCUCACGGGAAGCACUCCUCGCGAGUCGUUGAAGGGGAAAGAUACGGGGGCUGCAAGCAAGCCGUCUCGGGAUAAGCCUUUGCUGACCGUCGCAUUGGAUUCGUUAACCCGGCUUCAUGAUCUCCCACCACACAAGGCUAUCGCGAUGUUAGAAUUCGUGGCUUUGGCUGAAGAUUCAUGGCCUUGGGCAAUGGCCGAAAUUCAAAGACAUUCUGGAUUUCUUGGCGCUAUCUCAGACUUCGCCGCCGGUUUAGCUCCGUUCAAAGCUUUGAAUGACACGAAGACUACGCUCAAUGACUGUAACCAGGUGAAGAUGGCUUCAUAUGUAGCCGAGGUUCUCGCAAUGUACCUUCACCAUUCGCGACAGCUUGGGGAUAUCUCAUUUGGCAAGACUCUAGCUUCGAAGAUGAAUUUCUUUGCGGAGAAUGCUGUACGCAACCCAUCUUAUAAUGCGUCUCUGCAUAGCAAUCUUCGCAGAAACUUUGAGAAGAAAUUCCGAAGCUGCAAGCUUCAAAACUUUAAGAGGACAUUGUUACAGAAGAGAUCGUUCGGCCGCGAUUAUUUCUAUGAUUUGGGAAUGGCUUCAAAGAUGUUGGAUUUUGAACCUUCAUGGAAAGGCACGAAUCACCAGGGCUUUGCUGGAGAGGUUGCGAGAGCGAAUAUCAACAUGUCUGUCGUGGAGUCCCAAAUAGCUCUACUGCACAGUUGGAAAUUUCUGGCUGUAGAACUUAGUAGUAUCCUAGCCUAUGAGCCCCAGCUACAGGAGACUAUGGCCAAAGUCGUCAACCAAUGUCUAGUCUCAAAUGCUGAGACUCAUCUACCGGAGAAUAUCUUCGGUCGGCUAGUACAGCUUCGCGCCGAAUUUGCCUUUGUUCUGAUGCAGCGGCUUGUAGAAGCAAAGGCCAAUAGUGCAAGUGUCCGUGCAGUUUUGCAAAAUACCUGGAGAGCAAUUCGUUCUUUCUCUACCGACUUUGAACUCGCUCUCGCGGGCCCUGAUGCCGAUUAUUUACGGACACUACUAAAGAUACUCUUCCUUGCAUUAAAAAUUCAAGCAGUCAGCCCAUUACCCUCUACGGCCUCCGCACCUACACAGGGACUUAGCGGCUCACCAACAAAGCAAGACAAUGCGAGCGCCUCGCCAGAAAUCACAAAGACAAUCAUUGAAAUCUUAGGAACGGCAGUAGCUGGGGGGUUCCGUGCGGUUGCCACAAUCCUGCAUGACAACCCUCAGCGUUCUUCUCCUGCCGAUCUGGCUCUGCUCUCUGCCAUUCUUCAGACAGCUUUGCGCAUCCCUGGUGUAGAAAUGAUACAUCAACAGCUGGUGGGGCUCUUUUGCGACAGUCGCAUAGGAAGAUAUGCUACGACCCUGUAUUCUUGGUCUGAUCAGCUUGCAAUUGACGGCGAUCCUGUCUACGGUGAGCUAAGCAUACUCUUCCUUCUUGAGCUUUCCAGCGUUUCAGCCAUGGCCGAGCAGCUCGCCGUCGAAGGUGUGCUCACACAUCUCUCGACCGCCAACAUUAUGAAUUACUUCAGUCGUCCCAAUGGUGUUGGCCCAUUUGAUGAGCAGCCUCGCCUUUACUCCAUUUGGGCGCGAGGCAUUCUGCCCUUGUGUCUCAACUUUCUCGACGCGGUCGGUGCUGCCGUCGCGGUCGAGGUUGCGCUCUUCCUCAAUCAAUAUCCCAACCAAUUGGCCCGCUCGGCAGCCAGCUUUGAAGCAAAGUCUACGCUUUCAACCGCAAAUCCCUCGACAGCCGGGUGUAUCACGCUGAACAUGGCAUCCGAGGCCCACUCUCUCGCGCUCAUCUCUUUCAUCCUUGACAAUUUCCGCGCAGCUGGUGCCGCCACCGGCGUCGUAGCUGGCAUCGAGAUUCCCGAAUUGCGCUGGGACAAAUCCCAGCUCAAGGAGGACAUUGACGCCUGGCUCCAAGGCAGGCGCGCCCUCAGAGACAGAAUCGUGCCGACCACCGAAAAGGAAAUGGAAAUGGCCAGACAAAAGCCCCUUUCGGACGCAAGCGGCGCGGAGAGCAGACUUGAGGAGCGCAUCGUCGCGGACCUUGACAUGGCCCUGAAAUGCCUGAACGGGGGAGGCGUGUCAUGA